AUGAUAGAGGCAACGGGAAGGCUGCUUCAGUUGCAAGAGCGUGCUAUAAGGAUGUGGCCCCCGGAUCAGUACACUGCGCUGCUUUCCCGGCUCUUUCAGUUCUUGCACUGGGUAGCUCUGACACGAGUGCUUGUUGGAAUGCCUGAGCCAGCAAAGUCCGCGCCUGCGCCCAAAAAGGGCUCCAAGAAAGCGGUGACUAAGACCCAGAAGAAGGGCAACAGAAAGCGCAAGAAGAGCCGCAAAGAGAGCUACUCCAUUUACGUGUACAAGGUGCUGAAGCAGGUGCACCCCGACACGGGCAUCUCCUCCAAGGCCAUGGGCAUCAUGAAUUCCUUCGCCAACGAUAUCUUCGAACGCAUUGCUGGCGAGGCCUCGCGCCUGGCACACUACAACAGGCGCUCCACCAUCACUUCUCGGGAGAUCCAGACGGCUGUACGGCUCCUGUUGCCGGGUGAGCUGGCGAAGCAUGCAGUUUCUGAGGGCACCAAGGCUGUCACCAAGUACACCAGCUCCAAGUAAAACAUCUCACUGGCAUUUUUAAUCCAUAGGCUCUUUUAAGAGGCACCCACAUUUUCAAUAAAAGGGCUGUCCAGUCAA